AUGGUCGUGACGAACAGCGCUAGCGUGGCUGGAAUGAACAUCAGCAACUCGGACUUCGACGGACGCACAAACUUUUCGUUUUCAUGCGACGGACACCACUACUGGGCUUUGCUUUUUACGGAAGAAAAACGACUGUCACCAUGGUCAAGAAUUACGUGCAUGGGACCUCGGGUCGGUCACCUAAACUCGGUGGCGUGGAAGGUGACCGUGUCGUUGUGCACGCCGUCAACAACUAUUGGGGCGACAACUCGGGUCACACUAUUGAUGUCGACGCCAACGGAUACGUUCUCGCCGAACGAAACCAUUUCGACAACACGAUCUAGCCUCUGCUUCCGGGCACGAAAGGAGCUUUUGAAUGCGUACAACGGCAUGAACGAUGCGGACUUGUGCACAAGCUACCUCGGUCGACCGUGCAAGGCGAACGUUCUGGUAAGGAGCGGCAUCUUUAUUCCACGCAAUGGACCUCUCGCCCUUGAGGCAAUGAAAGCGUCUCUAAACAUCAUUGGCUACUCUCCGGAUUCGACUCCUACGAUAGACUCGGCCAAGGAGUGGGCUGAGACGACCGGCAACUUCGGCGUUGGCAAGCUGAACUAA